AUGGACCUCCCUGAGAGCGGCAAUGGGAAGACUAAGAAUCCUAGUACAGGCCUACCCAGCCCAGACCGCGAAAACUUCUCUGCGAACCCGCUGCGACAGAAGAUACGGACCGCCCCUCACAAUCUGUCAUCCUCCAGUGCCGCCGACUCGAUUGCAAGCAGGAAAGGGAGACCCAAUGUUGGCACUGCAGAUAUUCAUUCGGAGAGAGCUAGCAUAUCACAACCACCAAGACGGCCGUCCGCCCAUUCUCGCGCAUCAUCCACAUACAGCCAGAAGCUAGACAGGAAAACCAGCGGGGACGAUUUCGCGGUCGAUUUCGACACUCCUCGCCUGUCUCCGGGAAUGACAGAUGAAUUAAAUAUUUAUGGUGUCCUGCCAGACCCAGCACUUCGCCCAAAGCCAUCUGCAGACGCAGUGGAGACGAAGCGGAUGUCAGUGUCCUCAAUGUACUCUCUCAGCUCAGUUCGUGCCGGAGGGGCUCCGAGCUCGGCAGCAUCUGCGAAUGGCUCAGAAGCUGGAACAGGAUCCAACACCCGCACUCCAUCCGGGCCCUUGUCACAGACCAAGAGUGCCCAUCCGGAAGCAUCUACCUCUGCAAUAUCUGUCACGACGUCUUCAUCAAGCCAGUUCACCAGUCAUGGCACCGCGAAUGGCCAUCAGCUCACCCCACGAGAGACACCAUCUCAUGCGUCCGAAAUUGCAAAACGAAAUGCGGCACAACGUGGGGAAGGAGCGCCUCGAGUACAGCCACCCGGCCGAUCACGAAGCCGUGCGAAGAGAAGAUUUAGUGGAAGUACGGCUACGAGCAGUCACAGCCCGAGCAGCGAGAGAGGAAUACAUAAGAAGGACGAAGACAAGCCUGCUCCAAUCGGUAUCAUCGGGGUCUGUGCCUUGGAUGUGAAGGCUCGGAGCAAGCCCAGCCGAAAUAUUCUGAAUCGUCUGAUCUCCAAAGGAGAAUUCGAAGUGGUUGUAUUUGGGGACAAGGUUAUUUUGGACGAAGACAUCGAGAACUGGCCGGUCUGCGACUUUUUGAUCUCCUUCUAUUCAGAUGGAUUUCCGCUGGACAAAGCCAUUGCCUAUGUCAAAGCUCGGAAGCCUUUCUGUGUCAAUGACGUUCCUAUGCAGAAGAUUUUAUGGGAUCGACGGAUAUGUCUCAUGAUUCUCGACAAGAUCAACGUUCCAACUCCGAAGAGACUCGAAGUCAACCGGGACGGUGGACCAGGCAUUCUUACACCUGAGAUGGCGCAGCAUUUAAAGGAAACCACAGGCGUUGUCCUCGAAGGCCCGGAAGAUGGAACCGGUGGCCAAUGUCGGCCCCCUCGAAAGGUUGAACUUCUCGAUGAUGGAGAUACUCUUAGUGUUGACGGUAGCUUGUUGGCAAAACCAUUUGUCGAAAAGCCCAUCAGCGGGGAGGAUCACAACAUAUGCAUCUACUAUCCUAAAAGCCAAGGAGGAGGAGCUCGAAAGCUUUUCCGCAAGAUUGGCAACAAAAGUUCAGAAUGGGUGGAAGGCAUGAUCGUUCCUCGCGCGAUCCUGGAGCCAGGAAGCAGUUAUAUUUAUGAAAAGUUUAUGCGGGUCGACAACUCAGAAGAUGUCAAAGCCUAUACCGUAGGCCCUACGUUCUGCCACGCCGAGACCCGAAAAUCACCCGUUGUGGAUGGUUUGGUCCGCCGCAACACUCAUGGCAAAGAAAUACGUUAUGUUACAAGCCUUUCGAAGGACGAAGCUGCUAUGGCCUCCCGGAUAGCCACGAGCUUCGGGCAGCGCGUCUGUGGUUUCGACCUUCUGCGUGCUGAGGGCAAGAGUUACGUUAUCGACGUUAAUGGCUGGAGUUUCGUGAAAGACAAUGAUGAAUACUAUGAUCAAUGCGCUAGGAUUAUGAAAGAUAUGUUCAUCCGAGAAAAGAGAAAACUGUUGGGCACUCCGAACAGCUCCUUUACCUCACCUCCAUCUUCGGAUGGUGGUGUAAUUCCUCCUGUCAAUAGGAAGGAUUCAGGGCUCAAGGAUAACCACCGGUCAACUCUACAACAGCUCCUUUCGAAGUCUCCAAGUAUCAAAAACCUCCAUGGACAUCAUCACAAGAAGACGGAUCCCGUAUCAACUGACGUUUCAACAGCACCAACUCCACGGACUACACCUCCAGGCGCCGACAAGGGUCUAGAGUUACCACCAGCCCCUUCAGCGCCACUCUUGCCGCCGCCUGCAGCAAGUUUGCCACCAGUUAGCGCUCCAUCAACUGCCCCGUCCACGACUCCAUCCACACCCGCCUUUAGCAAUACAACGAAUGGAGAGAUGCUACCUCCGCCCGCCCCGAAGCAUACCUGGAAACUGAAAGGUAUGGUCUCGGUUAUUCGCCAUGCCGAUCGGACUCCAAAGCAGAAAUACAAGUUCACGUUUCAUACGGAACCCUUCAUCGAAUUGCUAAAGGGCCAUGAAGAGGAGGUUCUGUUAACAGGGGAAGCCGCUCUAGACAGUGUCAUUGCUGCUGUUGACGUUGCUCUACGACAGGGGGUUGAAGACCGCGAAAAGCUUCGGACGUUGAGAAACGUGCUGGCGAAGAAAGGGGGAUGGGCAGGAACCAAAGUUCAGAUCAAACCUAUGUUUAGAAAACCAAAGCCUGGAGAAUUGUUGGCAAUGAAUAUCCCAGAGUUCAAUGUUGCAGAUCCUCAAGAUACCAAAGCCGUAGAGGCGAAGAAGACUGAAGAAGGCGAUGAACCCAUGCCUGGAAGAUCACCUAAAAGGCAGGACUCGCUCUCUGGCGUCACUUUAUCUCGCAUUACAGCUGCAGAGAACAGCCUUGUUCUCGAUAAGCUUCAACUUAUUGUGAAAUGGGGCGGCGAGCCAACCCACUCAGCCAGAUACCAAUCACAAGAGCUGGGAGAGAAUAUGCGAAACGAUUUGAUGCUGAUGAAUAGAGAGGUUUUGGACGAAGUCCAUGUUUUCAGCAGUUCAGAGCGUCGCGUUACUACCAGCGCUCAGAUUUGGGCAGCUGCUUUCACCGAUCAAAAAGAACUGCCUCCAGAUUUCAUCACGAUUCGGAAAGACCUUCUGGAUGACUCCAAUGCUGCCAAGGAUGAGAUGGACAAGGUCAAGAAGAAGUUGAAGACUUUGCUUCGCCAAGGAGAAGAAGCUCCAUCUCAAUUUGCAUGGCCUGCGAAUAUGCCAGAGCCUUCUAUUGUCCAGAAGUACGUUGUCCAAUUGAUGAAGUUUCAUCGUCGGGUCAUGCGCUCUAAUUAUAGCAAGCUGUACGGUGGUGCAUCACAGUCGCUCAAUGCUAUUGCUAAACCUGGCGAUAAUGAAAAGGGAGGACCUUCAUCAUCAAUGGGCAAUGCGAUGUCUCAAGCAACUGCAACAAGUAGCAUUCAAGCUCGCUGGUGCUGUGGUGAAGAUGCCGAACUGUUCAAGGAAAGAUGGGAGAAGCUCUUCGCUGAGUUUUGCGAUGGCGAGAAAGUCGAUCCAAGCAAGAUAUCGGAGCUUUACGAUACCAUGAAGUUUGACGCUCUACACAACCGGCAAUUCCUAGAAUGGGUAUUCACACCGAGCAAGAGCAUUCUCGCGGAAGAAGAGGAAGCUAUCGCAGCCGAAUCGAAUGGUCUGGAGAAGGAGAAGGAACAACCAAGAGAUCUUGGAGAUGAGCAGCUCGUCAAGGAAACGGUAUCCUUCCAGAGAUCUGAUACCAAUAUGAGUCUUCAUCGGCGCAUGUUCAGACGGAAGUCGAUGAUGGUUGGAACGAAACCUGAAGAGGCACCCGAGCAAUAUUUCCGGUUGUUUACUGGUAGUAGUCAGACCAAAGCGAAGACGGAUGCGAGACUUGAGAAGUUGCGCGAGUUGUACAAACUGGCAAAGGUCUUAUUCGAUUUUAUCUGCCCGCAGGAGUAUGGCAUGACGGACCAUGAGAAGUUGGAGAUCGGCUUGUUGACAUCACUGCCGCUGCUCAAGGAAAUUGUACAAGACCUCGAAGAAAUGCAAGCCUCCGACGACGCAAAGUCCUUCAUCUACUUCACCAAAGAGUCCCACAUCUACACCCUCCUCAACUGCAUCCUUGAGGGCGGAAUCACGACGAAAAUCAAGCGCAGCGCCAUCCCGGAACUCGACUACCUCUCGCAGAUCUGCUUCGAGCUUUACGAGUCUGAGAACAAGACCCCGCCAGACGCGCAAGACGUAGCAAAGUAUGCAUACAGUAUCCGCAUUACCAUCAGUCCCGGCUGCCACACCUUCGACCCGUUAGAUGUGCAGCUCGAUAGCAAGCACUGUAUCGGCUGUGCUCCUAGACGUAGUCUGACGGCGCAUAAGGAUUGGAAAGAGGUCAUCGAGACGUUGAGGGCGAAGUUCCAUACUGUGAAGCUGCCGAAGAGCUUCCUGGCGGUUAAUUUGAGCGAGUCGCACACAUUCCAUAAGAAAGAUGAAGUCGACCGUGAGGAAACGGCUGCAACCCACACAGAAGGAGUAGCAUCACACGAAGGAAUUGGAACACUCCAUCAUCCACCAGAGCUCGGACAGCCAGAGGCAGAUGCUGAAGUCGUACACAAUAAUCUGCUUUCUCCCGAGCCAGAGAAGCAGCAGCAGCACGACGAAAACUCGACUGUGCCGCCGACGCCAGACUCGCGAUCCUCUUGA